AUGAUUGACGCAGGCGCGGCCACCAGGCGAGAUGAGCUCAACCGCAAAAAGAGUCUGGUCAGGCCGGAGAGGCGACGCAUGGAUCCCGAUGAUCCCGAUUACUACUAUCGCAAGCGAGUACAACAGUCGCAUAUGAACAUCAUGCCAUCUACCACCGGCCGCGAUCCACAGCUAGAGGCAGACAUUGUGACUCUGAGUUCAGACCCUUCGGUGAAGGUUGCGGGCGAGGAGAGGUUUCCUCUCAACGAAAAGGACGGUCUCAAGCGUGGCAGGUCGGGGAAAAGUGCGAGUACACGCGCCCCGAACAAGCUAUCUCGUAAUUUGUCCAAAAAAGAGCGAGAGCGCGAGGAGAAACAAGAGCGAAAGCAGAAGAUUCAACAAGCCAGUGGUACUCCCACGUUGUGGGGCACGUACUGUCAUAUGAUCACAUUUUGGGCUCCCAAUGUGAUGCUGCGAUGCUUUGGCAAAAAGGCAAAAGAUGCUCAACGAGCAUGGCGUGAGAAGAUUGGGCUGAUAUCCAUUAUUCUCCUCAUCAUGGCGUUUGUCGGCUACCUGACAUUCGGAUUCACUGCCACAGUGUGUCCAUCCGGGGGACCUUUGCGAUUGCGUAUCAACAAAGUCGGCCCUGGCUACAUGAUCUUCCACGGCAAAGCCUAUGAUCUCACAAGAAGUCAACAUCCUCUUGCCAGAGGCAUUGCAGCUGGCAGCAACGUUCUGUUCGACGCGGAUCCGCCUGGAGCUGGUAUGGAUGGCAGUUUCAUGUUCCAGAAUGUAAAUGGUGCUUGUAAAGGGCUCAUCACGACCGCGCCAAACUCAGACGUGACGACGGAUGGUGAUGGAAACCUCGCUUGGUAUUUCCCGUGCAAUAUGUUCAAGCAGGAUGGAAGUUCCAGUCCGAAUACUUCCAUUCCUUACUACCUGGGCUAUGCUUGUCACACGUCGCGGAGCGCGAGAGACGCAUUCUAUGGCUUGCGCUCUUCCGGGGACGUUUACUUCAAUUGGGACGACGUGCGGAAUGCCUCAAGGAACCUCAUGGUGUACUCUGGAGAUGUCCUUGAUUUAGACCUUCUGAGAUGGUUCAACACAACUCAGGUAUCGUACCCAACCAAAUUCGACCAGAUUCGCGAAAAUUCUGCUAUCCGUGGCAAGGAUGUGACGCUCGCAUUCGCCUCGGGAGAGAACAAGCAGCUGGCAGAGUGCUUUCAAGACAUCAUCAAGGUGGGCUCGAUCGAUACCGAAACUGUGGGAUGCAUCGCUUCCAAGGUCGUGCUCUAUGUGUCUCUGAUAUUUAUCCUCGGAAUCGUCAUCGCCAAGUUCUUCAUGGCGUUGUUGUUCGAGUGGUUCCUGAGCAAGAAGUAUGCUGCUGCCAAGACCAGCAUGAGCAAGAAUAAAAAAGCGCGACAGGAACAGAUCGAAGAGUGGUCUGAUGACAUCUACAGACAGCCUCCGAAGAUAACAGGCCCAGCCUCGACCAGUGGGACAGACCGAUCGAGCAAGCGGGCGAGCUUCUUGCCUACUACUUCUCGUUUCACGAGUCCAUACGCCAUCGAUAGAGGCAACCGGAAAAGCAUUGCUCCUCCGACUACAAUGGUGACCUCGAGUUCGAAUAAUCGAUUGACUCCGGGUAAUGCCGCGUCCAUCUACGGCCACACGAACCGGUCCGAAGGUACAUUGCCAUUAUACCCCGGCUUAGAAGGCCAAUCGGAAAGCCAUGCCAGCUUGAUGGAGUCUCAUAACUAUGGAUCUUCCGCGCAGCGAUACAGCAGUGUCAUGCAGGGCGAAGUGGAAACACGUGGGCCCCAGGGCUUCAUCCACGAAGCGGUGGUACCGCAACCACCUCCAGAUUGGCAGCCAUAUGGUUUUCCGCUUGCGCACACGAUUUGUCUGGUGACAGCAUACUCUGAAGGUCCCGAGGGCAUUCGCACCACACUCGACAGUGUUGCCACGACCGACUAUCCCAACAGUCACAAGCUCAUCUACGUGGUGUGCGACGGCCUGAUCCAGGGAAAAGGGGAAUCGAUGUCGACACCCGAUGCUUGUAUCAGUAUGAUGAAGGAUCACUCUAUCCCUCCGGACGAGGUGCAGCCCUACUCGUAUGUCGCCGUGGCCUCGGGCAGCAAGCGACAUAACAUGGCUAAGGUAUACUGCGGCUUUUACGAUUAUGGUGCAGACAGCACGAUUCCUCUCGAGCGUCAACAACGCGUGCCCAUGAUUGUGAUUGUCAAGUGUGGCACUCCAGAAGAAGCUAGCACUUCGAAGCCGGGAAACAGAGGCAAGCGUGAUUCUCAAAUCAUUCUCAUGUCGUUUUUGCAAAAAAUCAUGUUUGACGAGCGCAUGACGGAGCUCGAAUACGACAUGUUCAAUGGCAUCUGGAAGCUCACAGGCAUUUCGCCCGACUUUUACGAAAUUGUGCUCAUGGUUGAUGCCGACACGAAAGUGUUCCCGGAUUCGAUCACGCACAUGGUGUCUGCCAUGGUGAAGGAUCCAGAAAUCAUGGGACUGUGCGGGGAGACGAAAAUCGCCAACAAACGAGCAUCCUGGGUCUCUAUGAUUCAAGUGUUUGAGUACUUCAUCUCCCAUCAUCAAGCCAAAGCGUUUGAGUCUGUGUUUGGUGGUGUGACCUGUCUGCCCGGCUGUUUCUGCAUGUACCGCAUCAAGGCGCCCAAGGGUGGCAAGAACUACUGGGUACCCAUUCUGGCCAACCCUGACAUCGUGGAGCAUUAUUCGGAGAAUGUGGUGGAUACGUUGCACAAGAAGAACUUGUUGCUACUCGGAGAAGAUCGUUAUCUUUCGACCUUGAUGUUGAAGACUUUUCCCAAGAGAAAACAAAUGUUCAUCCCACAAGCCGUGUGUAAGACUACCGUGCCGGACACGUUCAAGGUCCUGCUGUCGCAACGACGAAGAUGGAUCAACUCCACCAUACACAACCUCAUGGAGCUGGUACUCGUUCGCGAUUUGUGUGGCACGUUCUGCUUUUCGAUGCAGUUUGUGGUCUUUAUUGAAUUGAUGGGCACGCUGGUAUUGCCGGCUGCGAUCAGUUUUACCAUAUACGUCCUCGCACUCGCCAUCAAGGCGGCAAUCACUCAUACUGCAGCUCCCACGAUCCCUCUGGUCCUUCUCGCCCUCAUUUUGGGUCUGCCUGGUGUGCUCAUUGUCAUUACCGCGCACCGCGUGUCCUACGUGGUCUGGAUGUUGAUCUAUCUUCUCUCUCUUCCCAUCUGGAAUAUGGUGUUACCCACGUAUGCAUUCUGGCAUUUCGAUGACUUUAGCUGGGGUGAUACGCGUCAAGCGGCGGGUGAGCAAAAGGGGUCGGGCAAAGGUGGGCAUGAUGAGGAAGGAGAAUUCGACUCGAGUAAGAUUGUGAUGAAGCAUUGGCAUGUGUAUGAACAAGAGAGGCGACUUCGAGGGCCAGCGGGCAUGGAGGGUACACCGCAGACUCCGUAUGGAAAUGGGACACAGGGGAGUCCGAGCAUGGCCAGUCAUCAUCAGACGUAUCCCGGGCAUGAGAGGAGGAUUAGUAGUCUGAUGAUAUGA